AUGUACAAAGAUGAAGAUGGAGAUUUGGCUCAUGAAUUUUAUGUUGAAGUGCCAUCGAAACAAGGAUGUAAAGCAACAAUGAAAAGAGUUUAUGAUAAUUUAACUCCUGAAGGAGAAGUUUAUUAUGAUAUACCAAGGCUUCACUGUAGAAGUAAAAUCAAUGCUCAGUAG